AUGAUUACCGGCGACGACUCUUACGAAGAAAUCAAAAAGCCUAAAAGCGGCUACUUUAUCAGUAAGAAAGUUUUAGCAGUUAUCCUCCUUGUGUUCUCUGCGGUACUUAUUGGCGCAGUGCUUCUUGCUUAUUAUGUGCCGUCCUGUGAGAAAACUGUUACCGUAGUGCCUACGGCUGAGCCGGUCAAGAUGCCAGUAACAGAGAAACCCAAGGAGGAUGAUCGAGGUGUAUGGGACGGAAGUUUGCCAGAAACUCUUAAACCGUCUAAUUACAAAGUUACCAUCAAACCUUAUCUAGACGAAGAUGAUAAAGAAAAGCAGUUCACUUUCGACGGUAAGGUUGUGAUCACCUUCGAAACAUUGAAAUCCACCGAUGUCAUAAUCUUGCACAAACACAAGACGUUGACGAUCGAUGACAAAUCCAUUACCGUUACACAAAUCACCACAAAUCCACGUGCCAUCUCGAUCAAAGAAAUCAAAAUUACUGAGGUAUACGAGUUCUUUGAAAUCUACCUUGAGGAGGGUGGACUGACCAUGGGGGAGAAUUACACUAUUGAAAUCGAAUCGUUCAGCGGAACAUUGCACCAUAGUGACUUUCAAGGACUGUACCUGAGUAACUACACAGAAAACGGUAAUGAAACGAGACAUCUCGCUGCUACUCAGUUCGAAACAACCAAUACCCGCCGAGCAUUUCCGAGUUUUGACGAACCCGAUUUAAAAGCAUACUUCGAGAUGACAAUUAUCCACAAUAAUAAACGAGUUGCUCUAUGUAAUAUGCCAGUCAAGCAGACAUCCCUUUAUGAAGGCAGCGAAGACUGGAACAUCACUGAGUUCGAGAUAACAAAUGUGAUUAUGCCAACGUACUUGAUAGCGAUGGUAGUGGCUGAUUUCGAGAAAGUUGAGGACACAACAGACACUGGCGUUAAGAUGCGUGUUUGGGGUCGCCCGGAAGAUGUGGAUAGUUUACAUUAUGCCCUGAAAACAGGGAUGAAAAUGCUGACGUAUUUCGAGAACUUUUGGAAUAUCCCCUAUCCUUUGCCUAAAGAAGAUAUGGUAGCCGUACCCGAUUUUUAUUUUGGAGCGAUGGAGAAUUGGGGUUUGAUCAUAUACAGGGAAACGGCUCUGCUUUACGAUCCUAAUUACAAUUCAGAAUUUAGAAAACAUUCAGUUGCUGCAAUCAUCGCCCACGAACUCGCGCACAUGUGGUUUGGGAACCUUGUCACUCUGAAAUGGUGGGACCAUGUGUGGUUAAAUGAAGGAUUCGCUAGUUAUAACGAGUACCCUGCACUGGACGAUGCUGAACCAUCAUGGGAUGCCUCAAAUCAGUAUUUUCUUCGAAAUGAUUUGUAUCGAGCGUUUGACUAUGACGAUUCUUGGUCUUCGCAUCCAAUGGUGAGAACGGUGGGAUGGGACGACGAUAUAUGGUCUCAGUUUGAUAGGAUAGGGUAUCAAAAGGGUGCCAGUAUGAACAUGAUGAUGGAAACAUUUCUUGGUGCCGAUAUUUAUCAUACGGGGGUAUAUAAUUAUUUAAUAAAGUAUUCAUACGACAACGCGGAGACGACACAAUUGUUUGCAGAACUAACAGAGGCUGCGAAGGAGGAGGAUCUCAAUAUUGACGUAGAAGUACGUAUGAACCCAUGGGUUUUACAGAUGGGAUAUCCAGUCAUUACACUGACACGCACCAAUACAAGAGAUGUGUCAGCGGAACAGCAACGAUUUCUUAUGGAUCCAAAUGAGGAGCCGAAUGAUGAAUAUGAUACAGAUUAUGGAUAUAAAUGGUACGUGCCACUGACAUUUACGGAUCAGAGUGAAAUGGAAUUUGUAGAUCCCAAGAUAGAGUGGAUGGAAAUGGGGCCAGGCGCCAUUACACUGUCAUCGUCGGUGACGCAGAAUGACUGGUAUUUGGUGAAUAUCAAUCAGAGGUGUUAUUAUCGAGUACAAUACGAAGGUGAAAACUGGGAUAAAUUGGCAACAUAUUUAAAAGAUGAAGAUCACACGACGAUUCAUGUACGUAGCAGAUCAGCUAUUUUAGACGACGCUUUCAGUCUUGCACAUGCUUACCUGUUGGACCAAGUGUACUCAAUCAGACUGCUAGAAUAUUUGUACAAAGAGACAGAGUACUUACCGAUGAACACCGCCAUCAGCAGAAUUUGGUACACCCGUGAUAUGUUAAAAAGAACUUCUGCCUAUGGAUAUUUGGAGCAACAAAUGAAGCACGCUAUAAAUAAUAACUACUACGAACGUCUCUGGGAUUUUGACCACAGCGACCAUUUGGGAUAUUACAUACAAGUAGAUUCUAUCAACACGGCCUGCUAUUACGGGCACAGUGACUGUAUACAAGUUGCUACAGACCAGUACACGCAAUGGAUCAACAAUCCGACAAACGAUACAAUCAUUCACAUGAACGUGGCAGGUACGGUAUACUGCACGGCUAUAAAACAUGGCAGUGAUGAUUUAUGGUGGACGACGCAGCGUAUAUACAAAAACAAUAUUGUACCGGAGGAGAAUGGUAAUCUACGGAACGCGUUAGCGUGCAGCAGUAAUCCAUCAACAGUUCAAAGUUAUAUGGAAGCUGCUCUGGAAAGAAAUGAGGCUAACUCUGUCAUCCAAAGCGUUCUAACUAACUCACCUGUGGGAUAUCAUUUAGCUUGGCAGUUUACAAUGGAGAAUUUCGAGGCUUUGAAGGAAGCACACGGCGAUUCAGCAUACAGUAUUGUAUGGUUAUUUGCAUCCUAUAUGAAUACAGAGUCAGAUCUGUCAAUGCUCAUGUCAUUCGGUGAGCAACAAUACGAUAUGCCUGGAACUGCAGCCAACAGCUUUUACAGUUCUGUCGAUAAGGUGAAACUCAAUAUUGCGUGGAUGCAGAAGAACUAUCACCCUGUGAACAACCAAUUAAAAUCUGCUUUUGAAAAUAUAGUCCAGUCUUGAUUACUGUAAUGCAACUGCGUGAAUGUCUAUUAUUACUUUACUAACAAGCUCUAGGAAUUAACAUUUCCUUAACCAAUGAAAUACUGGACUAGCUAAAUCUCUAGCUAGCAUCUGUAGAAAUUUUCACAAUAUAAACGUAUUAUUAAAGCGUGUUAAUGUGUGUCAUGUAUGAAUUAGACACAGAAUAUGACAUGUAUGGUUAUGUAAAUUAUAAAUGAUAUGUUGAAAAAAUUAUGAAUAAAUUGUAAUAUGAAAUUUAC